CUUUCAUACAUCACCACCUUGAGACGAACAUUUCUCUUCGAGCCAGAUAGACCAUCGCCAUCGGGCGGCUUCCCAAUCUGCCUACAAUACGAACAGCAACGCAACGAACAGGCAAAUCAACCCACAACGCAAUUAUGCACCCCCUGGCUUGCACGUGCGGGCGCCGCUUCAAAAAAGAGCAGGAUCUACGAGCGCACAGGAGCAGUGUAAGGCGGUACAUCUGCAGCCAAUGCAACUUGUGCCUUCGCACAAAGCACGAGUUCGGGCAGCACAAGGCCUCUUCGCUUCCGGCUUGUGAUGAAAAGUGGAUGAAAGAUAUGGUUUGGUACUGCAACGAUUGCGACGCAAAGUUUGAUGAUCAGGAUGCGCUGCGCCAACAUACUACUACGGUCAGACAUGCCGUGGAGUUUGGCUGCUGUGACUGCAACAAGAGUUUCAAGAAUUUCAAUGCCUUGAACCAGCACCUCCGGGAUAAAGUCCACGAGAAACGGCCGGUGGUAAAGAAACUACACCGCUGUGAAGAAUGCGAUCGCUUAUUCGUUAACGCUGCUGCUUUGGAUCAGCAUCUGCAGUCCACUGUCCAUCGCCCCAUUAGCAACCUGACUUGCAUGGCAGGCAAGAUUUGCGGCGUGGAGUGCAAUGCUCGUUUCAAGAGCCCUUCGGCCAUGAUUGCUCACAUGGAAAGUGGCUCUUGCCAGUCGGGCAUGAACCGGCAGAAGCUCAACAGGUUGAUACUUGUGCAAGACAACGAUCAUCUUAUUACCAGUUCCAGCGGAAUCUUUGAAUAUUCUGGCUGGGCUAGCCUGGAAAAUGAAGAUGAAUCAGUAACUUUCUCAGGAGUCAUGACGCCGAGUACAGAUUCAGAUGAAGGGGUGCUUUUGACUCCGAGCAGCAGCCAGAUCGAUUUUGGUAGCCUUGUUGAAGGACAACUGACAAGACGUUCAUCAUCCGGGAUAGAGACCGAGUCCACAACAAGCGACAGCACGGAGCUGUCCCAGCCAAAGUAUUUCUUCUGUCCUCUAUGUCCCGAUACGAAACGUCCAUUCUUGACGCGCUUGAGCUUGGAAAUGCACAUGGGGUCCGCGGCGCACACACCCAAAAUGUUCCACUGCCCGUCAAUCCUGUUCUCGGGAGAAGCUGGAAAGGCCCACCGAGAAAUGAAGAAUUUCUCGACGAUUAGCGGGCUCGUGGCACACAUUGAGAGCGGCGUCUGCCAGGGUGAAAAGGCCGGGCUGCGAACGGUGAUGGAGUACAUGGAACAAAGGUUGGAGGAGAUGGGCAUAUCGUUUAAGCUGCUGAGUCUAUGAUGCGAUGCUUUCUGGCCUUGGAAGCAAUAUUUUCCCUUUCUCCUACCCUCUCUCUCAUCGUUGUGUUGUUUACUCGGGGUGGUUUGAUGACUAACGGCACCUUGAGAGCCAUCUGGGUUUCAUCUAGGGUGUUUUGAUCGCUUGACAGUUAACGGCAACUAAAGGGGUAUCUGAGUCUUUUACGUGGAGCUGAUGAGGCUUUGGUGGAUACAGACCUCCCACUUUUGAUGUUGAUGAAUUUCCGAAUUUCUGGCUCAAGUGAGCCUCUCUUUGAAUUCCGUACGAUAUCCUUCAAUACUACGAUGUCAAUCAACAACACUGCACUUUUUCAUAUCUCAAUGUUUGGGCAGGCUUUCUAGCUAGAGAAGAAUAACUUUUCAUCCACUCACAUAUUCUUCAUGUGAUUCUGGCCAUUACUUUUCUCGAACAACAGUUGAACAAAAACACACGCACGCAAACCUAUGCUUUGAAUCAUGC